AUGGCUGCAAUUGCAUCAAUUGGUGGAGCUUUAGGUGGAUGUAUGGGAUGUAUGUAUUUUGUUGAAUCUUUAGCUAAAGAAGUACCAAGUUCAAUGAAUUUAUAUACAUUCUCAAGUUUUUUAUUUGUAUUUUUAGAAGGAUUAAUAUUUACUUCUAAAUUUUUUACUGUAAAAAAUAAAAUUCCAAUUAAAGGAUACAUUCCUGUAGUUUCAAUGUUUUUUUUUGUAAAUGUUGUAAACAAUCAAGCAUUAAAUUUUCAUGUUCCAGUACCAUUACAUAUUAUUUUUAGAAGUGGAUCACUUUUAUCAACAUUAAUUAUGAAUAGACUUUUAAUGGGACGUAAAUAUUCACUUAAAAAAUAUUUAUCAGUUAUUGCAAUUACUAUUGGAAUUAUUAUUUGUACAUUAUCAACAAAAGUUUCAUCAUCUAAUGAAUCUAAAAAUAAAGAAUCAUCACAAAAACAAACAGAAUUAUUUAUUGGAAUAGUUAUGUUAACAGUUGCUUUAAUUGCUUCAUCAAUAUUAGCUAUAUUUCAAGAAAAACUUUAUAAAACAUAUGGAAAACAUCCUAAUGAAGCUAAAUUUGUAAUUCAUGGUCUUUCAUUACCAAUAUUUUUAUUUAUGUUUAAUGAUAUUACAACUAAUGCAAAAAUUUUAUCAUCUACAGAACCAAUUUAUGGAAUUCCAAAAGCAUGGAUUGAUCUUAUUGGUGCUUGCCUUCUUCAAUACGUUUGUAUAACAUUUGUUUAUAAAUUAAAUUCAGUUACUGAUUCAUUAACAGUAACAUUAGUUGUUACAUUAAGAAAAUUUCUUUCUCUUUUAGUUUCAAUAUUUUGGUUUAAAAAUCCUUUUACAACAAAUCAUUGGAUAGGAGCACUUCUUGUAUUUGGAGGUACAUUAGUAUUUUCAGAAGUUUUAGGAACUAAAAAAGAUGAUAAAAAGAAAAAUUAA